AUGACGGCACCAGUAUACAUGCACGCCGCAAGCAUCAAACGCGGGGAAAUGGGAACUCAUGAUUUUCGGGCCGAAUAUCCGCUCGGCUCUGAGGGCCGAGUCGCGUCGAAGCAGAGUCACGAUUCGAGUUCUCGAGCAUUCCAGUUACCAUCUACGUCGUCUGAUUGCUCUUUGACGCUCAACGCCCUUGACGACGAAGGGCGCGCGAACAAUGCUCUGCUCGACGCCCUCGACGGCGAAUUGGCACUUUAUAUCCGCCACUUUCACUCAUCCUCGACCCGCUCAUCGUCGUCGACUCCGUAUGGAUCACUCUCCGUCGGCGUCCCACAUGAGAUUUAUCCCGGCGAACGACGAGUUGCUCUUACGCCACAGAAUGCUGCUCUGCUAAAGAAGAAAGGAUUUGCAAAUGUGCUUGUGGAGCGAAAUGCAGGAGCAGAAGCCCAGUUCCUCGAUGAACAAUACUCUUCUGCUGGAGCUAGGCUGGUUUCACGAGAGGAAUUGUUCAAGGCUUCGGAUAUAAUGCUCAAAGUGAGGCCACCCUUGCUGGAUCAAGAGGCGCAUCUUCUCAAGGAAGGAAGCUCGGUCAUUUCAUUCUUAUAUCCGGCGCAAAAUAAAGACAUUGUGGAUUUGCUUGCUUCCCGGAAAGUCAAUGCUUUCGCUAUGGACAUGGUACCUCGUAUUUCUCGCGCCCAAGUUUUCGAUGCUUUGAGUUCUAUGGCAAAUAUCGCUGGUUACAAGGCUGUUUUAGAGGCUUCCAAUCAUUUUGGUAGAUUUUUGACGGGCCAAGUCACUGCUGCUGGGAAGAUACCCCCAGGAAAGGUUCUCGUAAUUGGUGCCGGAGUUGCAGGAUUAAGUGCGAUCGCAACUGCUAGGCGUUUGGGUGCUAUUGUUAGAGGCUUUGACACGCGUUCUGCAGCAAGGGAACAGGUUCAGUCACUCGGAGCAGAGUUCAUUGAAGUAUCGGUGAAGGAGGAAGGCGGCGGUGGCGGCGGCUACGCCAAAGUUAUGUCGAAGGAAUUCAUCGAAGCGGAAAUGGCUCUUUUCAUGGAACAAUGUAAAGAUGUCGACAUCGUAAUCACGACGGCCUUGAUACCUGGGAAGCCUGCACCCAAGCUGAUAACCCACCAAAUGAUUGCAGCCAUGAAGCAAGGUUCCGUCGUCGUUGACCUGGCAGCGGAAGCUGGAGGUAACUGCGAGGCGACGAAGCCUGGUGAAUUGGUUGUUGAAAAUGGCGUCAAAAUCAUCGGUUACACGGAUUUGCCGUCCAGAUUACCCACACAGUCUUCAACCCUAUACUCUAAUAACAUCACUAAGUUCCUGCUCUCUCUGGGUCCUGGUGAUGGGAAGUUUGCCAUUGACCUUGAGGACGAAGUUGUUCGUGGAUCUAUCAUAGUGCACGGUGGAAAGAUCUUGCCUCCGGUUCCUCGAACACUGCCUCCUCCUGUAGCCCCUCCGACAAAUGAAAAGGCUGAAGAAAUCGCAGCCACAAAAGCUAUUACCCCGUUCCAGAAAGCAGCUCGUGAAGUAGCAACAGUAACCGCUGGAAUGGGAGGCGUUGUCACGCUCGGCAAGGCGACAGGUGUUUCGUUUAUGGACAAUUUCUUCACAUUUGGACUGGCUGGACUGGUUGGAUACAGAACUGUUUGGAACGUUGCGCCUGCAUUGCACUCUCCACUGAUGUCUGUGACGAACGCAAUAUCCGGAAUGGUUGGCAUCGGUGGACUAUUCGUGAUGGGUGGUGGGUAUUUCCCUGGCACUAUUCCUCAAGCACUUGGCGCCCUGUCCGUGCUUUUGGCUAGUGUCAAUGUUGCGGGCGGCUUUAUCAUAACAAAACGCAUGCUGGAUAUGUUCAAGCGCCCAACUGACCCACCGGAAUACUCUUGGCUUUACGGCAUCCCUGCCGUCGUGUUUACAGGAGGAUUUUUGACUGCUGCAAGCACUGGAAUGGGUGGUCUUGUCCAAGCUGGGUAUCUGGCUAGCAGCGUUUUGUGCAUAGGAUCUCUUUCUGGUCUUGGCUCCCAAGCCACAGCUCGUCAGGGUAAUGCUCUUGGAAUGUUGGGUGUCGGUUCUGGAAUUCUUGCGUCCUUGGCUGCCGUGGGCUUCCCUGUUGAGGUGUUGACACAAUUUACCGCCGUUGCUGCGAUCGGUGGGACCAUUGGGACGCUCAUUGGCAAGAGAAUCACUGCUACUGAGCUGCCGCAAAUGGUUGCUAUGCUUCAUAGUGUAGUUGCUAUUGCUAGUGUUAUGGCUGACCUGACUGAUGUAUCGACCCUCCAUCUUGUGACUGCUUACCUGGGUGUCGUUAUUGGUGGAAUAACAUUCACCGGAUCUAUUGUUGCCUUCAUGAAGUUGGCAGGCCGAAUGGGUUCAAGGCCGUUGGCCCUGCCUAAAAAGCAUCUGAUUAACAGCGGCAUUCUUGGUGCUAAUGCGCUGACUAUGGCUUUGUUACCAUGGCUCCUGCUGCUGCCUGUCGUAGCCGCCUCAUAUCUUGGGCUAAGUACACUCUUGAGUUUCGUCCAAGCUGUCGUCAUCUGUGUACUCAAUUCAUAUUCCGGAUUCGCACUAGUUGCAGAAGGCUUCAUGCUGGAUAAUUCUCUCCUAACGACGGUAGGAUCGCUUAUUGGUGUGAGCGGUUCUAUUCUUUCAUACAUCAUGGUGCGGACUGCGUUUAUAUCUGUUGUCAAAGCGCUGAACUCCCGGCAUUCCACCGCAGCAUCGCAGGAAGCUCAAAAGAUCGAAGGCGUGAUAACCAAAACCAACGUCGAUGAUACGGUGGAGGCGUUAAAUAACGCUGACAACGUGAUAUUGGUGGUCGGCUAUGGAAUGGCUGUGGCCAAAGCGCAAUACGCCAUCUCUGAGAUAUGUUCGUUGCUUCGAGCGAAAGGAAUUAACGUCCGAUUUGCAAUCCAUCCCGUGGCCGGAAGAAUGCCAGGGCAGUGCAACGUCCUUCUCGCAGAAGCAGCUGUUCCAUACGAUAUCGUCUUGGAAAUGGACGAGAUUAACGACGACUUCAAAGACACCGAUGUUACUUUGGUGAUAGGUGCCAACGACACUGUGAAUCCGAUCGCACUCGAGCCCGGUUCAGCCAUUGCGGGUAUGCCGGUCUUGCAUGCUUGGAAGAGCAAGCAGGUCAUCGUCAUGAAGAGGGGAAUGUCCAGCGGUUACGCUGAUGUUCCAAACCCGAUGUUCUUCAUGCCUGGAACAAAGAUGCUUUUCGGUGACGCCAAGGAUACCUGUGAAGCUAUCAAACGGGGUCUCGAAGCAAGGGGAUAGUGAUGUAGCAAAUAUAGCUGGCAAGUGGAAUAUAGACAAUGAGAUCUCGAAUAGCAUGUGCCACUUGGGACGUUGAUCUGACGCUACAAUUUGUACUGAUAAUUAUUUCGUUUCGAUUUCGUGUAAAGUUCGUACGCUGUCGGUUAUCGGCCCGACUUUCCGAGUUAUGUCAACGACGCGUACCGGCCGCCAUGUGGGCACUGA